GGCGCGCUCGCAGAAGGCACGUCCAAGGGUAAUCCUCAUCCCGUACAUUCUGUUUUUGGCCGUUGUUCCCCACUCCGAACAGCUGCUGUCGCUAUGGCGAGGAAGCUUAGAGCGGCUGCACAGGCAGCACAACAGUCGCUGAGGAACGCUCCUCCUCCGCUUCCAGAUGCCUCCGAUGAGGAAAUGGCUGAGGCACCCCCAUCGCGCGGGUCUUCCCCCGCAAUAGAAGACCCAGGAGAUGCUUCCGACAAGGAUCCCGAUGUUGUCCCCGAACCCGACCCGCCCCAGGAAGAUGUGCCUGCCGCUGUCACCAAUCCCCCUUCGCGCGGUGACACUCCGAGCCGCGGCCGUGUGUCCGCAAUUCCGCGAAAGCGACGCAUAGGUCGCCCCCCGAAGAACCGUCCUCCAGACUGGGAUACACCGGAUGACGGUUCUGCGCCGCCAAUCCACGUUAGCACACCCGUUAAGAGGAAACGUGGGCGCCCUGCAGCGAGCGGCGGACGAUGGGCUCGGAACCGGGGGCCGUCGCAUGUAACCCAAGUACCUAUUGACAAAGAAGGAAAUAUGAUGGAUGUCGUAGAUGAUGAGGUGGUACUUCCAGACGACCCCGAAGGUGAGACCAAGGUCGACAAGAACGGCAUUUUGAAGGGUGAUCGAGAGUAUCGAGUUCGUACGUUUACAAUCCUCAACCGUGGUGAAAAGCAGUACAUGUUGUCGACAGAGCCAGCUCGAUGCAUCGGGUUCAGGGAUUCGUAUUUGUUCUUUCAGAAACAUAAGCGCCUCUACAAAAUUAUCAUUGAUGACGACGCCAAGCGUGAUCUCAUCGAGAGAGAGAUCAUCCCUCACUCAUACAAGGGUCGAGCCAUCGGUGUGGUAACCGCUCGGUCCGUCUUCAGGGAGUUUGGCGCGAAAAUCAUCGUGGGUGGCAGAAAGGUCGUUGAUGAUUACAACGUCCAGGAAGCCAAGGAGCGGGGGGAUGUGGAGGGCGAACUGGCUGUGCCGGAGGAUAAGCUGCCUGGUCCGGGAGAACCAUAUAACAAGAAUCAAUAUGUGGCGUGGCACGGAGCUAGCAGCGUCUAUCACACUCAAGCACCGUCAGUUCCUCUGCCUACGGGCAAGGCCGUCGAUUCGAAGAAGCGAAAGGUGACAGUUACUGGUGAUAACUGGAUGCUUGAGCAUGCCCGGGAAGCUAGCCAUUAUAAUUCGAUACUUUCGAACGUACGUCGAGAGAAUUUAGAAGGUGUAUACGACAUCCAUACGAAUGCUAUACAAUACCCCAAAGUUAUGCAGCCUUCACAUGCUCGCUGGGAGCGUCUACCACCCGCGGAUCCUCGAGUAGCAACCAAGUUGACGAAGGAGAUGUCAACCCUAAGUCUAACUAAUGGAACCGAAGAAGAUGAACCGACCACUGAAAGCGACGUGCAAGAUGAGGAGGCCGGUGAGGAAACUAGCAACAACACCAUCUUCUCAUCGAUCCCAUCUGCAUUUUCCCGUCGUUUCGCCAUCCAUGAUGUACACUUUGAAACUCCACCGUAUUCCAAUAUGGGCAUUCCCGGACCUGACGGUGACGUGCAUGAUCUCGGCACUAAUGGCCUCAUCAGCAAUACAAAUUUAUCGUACCCUGAAUUUGUCAGCCCCGAGAUCCUAGCAGAGCUGCCCGCGGAUUGCAAGGAUGCUCUUGUUGAGGCCGCUACGCGCGAAUGGGAAUGGAAAUCAAAGUGGCACAGUGAGGUGGGCGACGGCGCUCGCACCACUCCGCUUAAGAGCUAUGCUUGGUUUCCUUGACCUGAUGUUGUUUUCUCAGACUGUCAACCAAGUUUGUGAAAGAAAGUCUUGUGACUCUCUUCGUUAAUAUCUUUCUAUGUAUGACACAUUGUGCUUGAUUUGGGCCGGUUUUUAUGGGUGGCAUGAGAAAAAUGGGAGUUUUCUGCGUUUAAUUCGGGGGUGUAUUUUGUUACAAUGUUUUCUACAGCUAAUGUCUCCUAACUGAUACCUCAAGAGACAAGAAACGACAGGUAGGUUUGCCUUUAUAUUGUGUCCCAUCGGUGGCAGAUUAGACAAUUCAAUCCAUCUUUUAAAUGGUGUCUCAUCGUCUCUUAUUGCUCUCAGUAUAAGGCUGGUGUUUAGUCCAAUACUAUGGCAUUACACCAUACUAUUAGAGUCACCUUAAUAGCAAUACACUAUUUACCUGACAUUUGCAUAGUGUAUGUGCGUAU